AUGGCGAACAUAUACUCCCCACAGCUCACCCUACUCGAGAAGCUGGACUUCUUACCUGCGGGCCUUUCUCUCGCUGCUACUGCAAUUGUAGCUGCUGUCACCGGUAUCUUUCGCGGCCAAGAGGGAGCAAGUUCGUACCCGAAGCACGUCUGCUAUGCUGUGCUUCGCCAGAGUCUGUGGAGACUGACCCCAAGGCAACAUCAUUCUAUGUGGAUCAUUGACAAAGACCCAAGAGCGAUAAAACCCGCUACUAGCAGCGUUUAUAAAGAUUUCGCAAAAGCAAAUGCCUUCACUCCUCAAACAGUAGACCUAGUUGACGGUAGCCAAGGGCAUUGGAUUGGAAAUAAGGAUGCAAAGAAUGUAGUCGUAUAUUUUCACGGUACACUACCCUUCAUUCUUUUCUACCACAGUAUCAAACUCACUGGUAUUCCUAUAGGCGGUGGCUUUGCCCUCUCAGCUUACCCGGCCCACUUUCAAUUUUUCCGUGAAAUACUGGAUGGACUCAACGCCUCAGGAAAAGAUGUUGCUUUUUUUGUGCUCUCAUACAGUCUCUGCCCUGAUGCGGUAUAUCCCACGCAGAUGAAACAAGCCGUGGAGGCCCUUCGCUAUGUUAUUUCAACGGGCCGCAGCCCUUCUAAUAUCAUAAUUGGCGGCGACUCUGCAGGUGGUAAUCUCACAUUGGCCGUACUUUCUCAUAUAUCUCACCCGCAUAGUGCUAUCGCUCCACUGGAGAUCUCGACUCCAUUAGCGGGUGCAUUUACAAUGGCUCCAUGGGUCACAUUCUCGCAUGACUUUCCAUCAGUCAAGACGAAUGCUUCUAAAGACAUGCUGAGAGAAGAUUUUACUACAAGAUGGGGAUUGAAUUACUUAGGCGGCCAGGCGAAAGAUUACUAUAACCAGCCAUAUCUCGCCCCGACAGAAUGGUGGAAAGGCCUAAAAACAAACAGUCUGCUUGUAUUGGCAGGCUCCGACGAAAUUCUACUUUCUAGUAUUGAGGAGUUUGUGAAGAAAAUCAAGGUAUUUCCCCCCUAUUUUUUUCCGGUCCUAUUAUUUAAAUCCUAUGAAAACGUACUGACGACUCGGAUUCUCUUGCAAUGA